CCUAUUUUACAUGUGUGCGCGUAAUUUCUCAUAAAUGUUUGAUGUGCAUGCCGGAGUACUUCUCGUUAACAACAGGCUGCUCGACAGACGACGGAAGGGACAUGGCGAGUGAAGAGUUAGAAAUAUUUGACAGUUGGGAAGAAAUGGAUGACUCAGAGGUUUUGGAAAGAAAAUUAAAACUCCUAAACGUCCCAACUAUGGAGGAUAGCAGCAUCAAAAGAGGUAAUAGCGAUCAGCCUGCAUCAAGAGGGGUGAUUUUAACAGGUGAUGAUGCCUUUCGAACUCAGUAUGCUCCACCUGAACCAACUGUUAAAAUUCUCAAGAGGCCUACUCAAAAUUCUAAUGGUGGAGGUGAUGGUCCCUCCAUGAAUGGUGAAAAUAAACCAAGUAAACAACCAAUUAAAACAUUACAACAGCGAGAACAAGAGUAUGCUCAAGCCAGGUUACGAAUACUGGGAGAGGCAAGAAGUCCUGAAGAGAUAGUGGAGGAUAAGAUCAACAAAAUUCAAGCGAAAGUGGAAGUACUUCGACCUCCUGAAAUGGAUUGUAUUAUAAGACUCCCCAAAGGUCCAGACGGGACUCGUGGUUUUCAUAUCCGUCGGUAGUGAUUGUUGUUUCAUCAGCUUCCACUCACUGUUCGAAAGCUGAAGCCACAAGAAAAGAACAAGUGACUUUUUAUUAUAAUAAUUAUUAGUACUAUUAUCAUCAUCAUUGAAUUCAAUAUUUUCUGUAUAAAUGUGGUUAUAAGAUUUGUUGUUCUAAGUUCAAAUGUUCAAAUUAUUAAGGAUAUAUUUAUGGUAAAAAUCAAAGCAUUUAAAAUUAUUUUUCUCAUACUAAAGUCUUGCUCUCUUGUAUGCCAGUCAUUCUUGCCAUGGCGGUGCCUGCAACAAAUAUGAUUCAAUAGGAUUGGGUGCAUUAUAUUUUUGACUUCCAACUUUAACCUGUCAUUGCUGCUUAUUAAUUCAUCAGUGUUUGUUAAGGUGUUUUGUAGCCUUUCAAGCAAUCCUAUCAGGUGCACAUUCAGUGGCUCAUUUCAAGUGUAUUUCUUCACAACGUUUUCUGGGAGUUUCCGGGUAUUAUUUUCAAUUGAAGUGUUUUGCUCAUAUUAACUGUUUUUUGUGUUAACUGUCUUUUCCUGUAUUCCAUUGUUUGAUAAGGUAGAAAUUUAGUGUGGGAUGUAAAUGUAUUUUUAAUGAAUGACAAUGUGUUAUAUUUUGCAAAUUUUACUGUUGUUCGUGAAGUUCUUUAAAAGUUUUAAUCCUCAUUGUGUUAAAUCUUCUACUGAUUCGUAUAGAAAAGACUUUUCAAACCACUGGUUUAGCAUAUCACUAUGACUUAUACAUAACGUUCUGCUAAGUGAUGUAAUUUUUGUUCUUCUCUUGAUGACAUUUUACAUGAAGUAUGAAACCAAAUUUGGUCAAUAUUUAUUAUUCUUGCAUGAUUUAGUAGUAAAAUUACCAAGAGAAAACAAUGCUUGAGCUGUUUUGUUUCUUUAUGUAUCUUCAAUAUCUCUUCCUGAACUGAUUGUGUAGAUAGAGUAUAGGUACUAAGUUGUGUAAUGGUUUGUAAAUAGCACUUUCUUGUCACAGUUUUGUCAAAAUCAAAUUCUUAUAUUUUUAACUGGUAAAUGGUGCUUUUACAAUAAGUUUUUGUACUGAUGCAUUACUCAGAUUUUUGUCAUUAUCUGAUCUGGCCAAGGUAUUUUUCUUUCUUGCAAUUUUGCUAUUGUCUAGGAUGUAAGCAACUGUUACUGCAUUAGGCUUGCCUAUUUCAGACCAACACAAUUUAAAGCAUGAGUCAUGGCAAAGUAGCAUUCUUAGUUUUGUUUACAAGAAGAAUUAAUUGCUGUACCCAGAACUCCCUUUCAAUUGCUUAUCUAUGCACACUUUUAGAGGUCUAUAACUCAAAUCCUGCUCUUUCCUGUCUAUGUAGCAUCCACCCUUAUUGGACAUUUAAGUUUAUUCAUUCUGUCAACCUUUGCUCCAUUCACAGGGGUACAAAUUAAAUCGAAUAAUGUUCCCAUAAAUACAUACGCAUAAGUGUAUAUUUCUGUUCUAAUGCCCUGAAAACUGAAAGUAGUAACUGAAUGAAACUGAUACAUAGCACCAUGUAAAUAAGUAAAAUGUUUGCCUUAAAUUUUGUGAACAAGCUAACUUUUCUAUGUUUAUCUGUAUAUAGUGUUAUUCUGGCUUGACUGUAACAGUGCCAUAAAUGUACAUUCUCUUUGGGUUGAAUCUGUGAUGUUUUUAUAUUAAGAGUGAACGUAUAUUCUCUACUAUAAUUCACAAGCAUGAAUAGAUAACAGGAACAUGAUUUGUUGUACAACGGUAUUGACACAGUUUAAACUUUCUGCAUCAUAUGUCUCAUUGGUAAUAAUCUUCAUUCUAACCAGGAUGUAUGCUCAUUUUCCAGUGUAGUCUAUGCAGAAUACAAUGUUUUGUAUGUAAUGUAUUGGUUAGAAGUUCAUUUUUAUUUCCAGCAGUACACAUAUGGCUCAAACUGAA